AUGGGUCGCGCAUCGAAGGACAAGCGCGAUAUUUACUACCGCAAGGCCAAGGAGGAGGGCUACCGUGCUCGCAGCGCAUACAAGCUGCUCCAGAUAGAGGAGGAGUUUCACAUCCUCGACCCGGCCGAGAUCCGCACCGGGGCGGUGGACCUGUGUGCCGCGCCUGGCAGCUGGUCGCAGGUGCUCGCCCAGUGCUUCAAGACGAUCGGCGCCAACGCGACGGCGGCGGCGGUGGCAGGAGCCGCUCUGCCGGCGCAGACGCCGCGCGUGGUGGCAGUGGACCUGCAAGAGAUGGCCCCCAUCGAUGGGGUCGCCAUUCUGCAGGGCGACAUAACGAGCGAGGUGACUGCGAACGAGAUCAUUCGGCUUCUGAACGCGCCGAACUCGACUGGGGGGCCGUGCACCGAUGACGAGCAGCAGCAGCAGCCCACCAGCAGCAACCCUUCCUCCUCCUCCUCUUCGCACCCUCCCGUGCUCUGUGCGUCACAGCGGAAGGCGGACAUCGUCCUCUGCGACGGCGCCCCCGACGUAACCGGCAUGCACGAGCUGGACGAGUACCUGCAGCACCACCUGCUGCUGGCCGCGCUGCACAUCACUACGUUCGUGCUUCGGGCUGGUGGCUGCUUCUUGACCAAAAUGUUCCGCGGCCCCAACACCGCCUUCCUCAUCGCCAAGAGCGAGAUCUUCUUCGAGCAGGUGCGUGUGGUGAAGCCGAAGUCAUCACGCAACGCGUCCAUGGAGAGUUUUCUCCUCUGCCAGGGGUUUCGCAUGCCGCCCGGGUACGUGCCUCGGCUCAUCAGCGCUGCACCGGCUUCCGCUGUCUCUACCGUCUCAGGAGGUUCUGCAUCGGCGAGCACCGGCUAUGGCUCUCGAGCAGAGGCUGAGAAUGAAGAGGAUAUGAAGGGAGGACGUAGAGAGAGAGCCACCGUGAGCGGCGGCCGACUUCGCGCCAGCGGCUUCACGCCGGAGGCGCCGUCGUACUGCUACGGCACGACUGCGUCUUCCUCGCACGUGCCGGCUGGGAGCGCCGCGGCGGCAGCAGGACAAGGUGUUGCGCUCGACAGCCAGCGGACGUCUUGCACGCUCGCAGAGAGAGUCCUGGCUCCGUUCCUCUCCUGCGGUGACCUUUCGGGGUUUGACGCCGACAUGUGCUACGACAGGGAUGAGGAGGUUGGCGUGCUGGAGCCGGUGCAGCCUCCGCUUCAGGCACCGUACUUGACUGCCGCCGCUGCUUCGCUGUCACUGUCCGCAGAGGUUGCCGGCGGACAAGACACGCGGGGGGCGGGGGUGCCACAAAGUAAAAAAUUGCGUGUGGAGUCGCAGGUGGGUGCUGUGGAGGACGACCCCAAUGCAAGUGAAGAGCAGCAGCAAUGA